GACCGCGCGGUGGGCCGCGAGGCGUCGCUCCGGGAGCGGCGCGCCGGGGAGCUGCGGGAGAUCCUGGGCUCGCUGGGCCCCGCGGUCAUCAAGGCGGGCCAGGCCCUCGCGAGCCGGCCCGACCUGCUGCCCGCGGAGUACCUCCGGGAGCUCCAGAAGCUCCAGGAUCGCGUGCCCCAGUUCGACACGGGCGACGCGCUCCGGCGCGUCGAGGCGUCGCUGCGACUGGAUCGCUUCGAGGACGCCUUCGAGCUGCUCGAGGCCGAGCCCAUCGCCGCGGCGUCCAUCGGCCAGGUCUACAAGGCGCGCCUCAUCAAGGAGGACGUCGUCGUCGCUUUGAAGGUCCAGCGGCCGCGGUGCGCGGAGAUCAUCGCCUUGGACUUGUAUAUCCUGCGCUGGUGGGCCCAGCUCGGCACGUCGACGCUGAGCGCCGUCUUCGACCGCAAUUUAGAUCUCGUGUCCGUCAUCGACGACUUCGGGCGCCUCAUCUACCAGGAGAUCGACUACGCGGCGGAGCGGAAGAACGCGAAGCGCUUCGGCGAUCUGUACGGCAAGAACCUCAUCAAGGUGCCCCGGGUCUACGGCGCCUACUCGUCUUCUACCGUGCUCUGCAUGGAGUGGGUCACGGGCACGCGGCUCGUCGACGGCGAGGAGCUCGUGCGGCCGGGGCGUUUGGUGGACGCGUUGGUGCAGUGCUCGCUGCGCCAGAUGCUCGAGAGCGGCUACUUCCACGCGGACCCCCACGCGGGGAAUUUACUGGCGACGGCCGACGGCCAGCUGUGCUACCUCGACUUUGGCAUGAUGUCGUACCUCGACCGGCGCCAGCGCGUCAGUAUCAUCGAGGCGGUGGUCCACCUCGUGAACCGGGACUUCGAGGCGCUCGCGGCGCUCUACGAGCGCAUGGGCUUCAUCCCCGCGGGCACGGACGUCGAGCCCAUCGUGCGCGGCCUCCAGGAGGCGCUGCCGGACGUGCUCGACGCGCCCGUGUCCGAACUAAACGUCAAGAACGUGAUCAACAAGCUCGGCGACGUCUUCUACACCUUCCCCUUCGCGCUGCCGCCCUUCUACAUCGCCAUCAUCCGGUGCCUGGGCGUGCUGGAGGGCGUGGCGAUCCAGGUCGACCCGGGCUUCCGCAUCGUCUCGGACGCGUACCCGUACAUCGCGGCGCGGUUGCUGACGGACGAGGCGCCGGAGCUGCGGGCCGCGCUGAAGAAUUUACUGUUCCAGCGGGACCGGCCCCAGUGGACGCGCUUCGAGGCGCUGAUCGGGCGCGCGUCGUCGUCCGACGGCUACGACGCGGCCGCGGCCGCGGACGUUUUGGUGACGUUUUUAGGAAGCGACGACGCGGAGGCGGUCCGGGAUCACCUGGUGGACGACCUGGCGGACGCGCUGGACUACCUCGGC